AUGAGCUAUUGGAGCGACGAACUUUAUAAUUAUCUUUUGCGCCACGGAUCACUUCCCGUGGAGAAAGUGCAAAAGAUCUUUACGCAGCUUGUUGGUGCUGUAGCAUAUGUACACAACAAGUCUUGCGUCCACCGUGAUUUGAAGUUAGAGAAUAUUUUGCUGGACAAGAAUGAGAAUGUUAAGCUCUGCGACUUUGGCUUUACCCGAGAGUACGAGGGUAAAUUGAGCUAUCUACAGACCUUUUGCGGAACCGUGUGCUACAGCGCACCUGAGAUGCUCAAGGGCGAAAAGUAUGCAGCUGAGAAGGUGGACGUAUGGAGUCUGGGCAUCAUUCUGUACGCCCUAUUGACCGGUGAGCUCCCGUAUGAUGAUGAUGACGAUGCAAAAACAAAAUGGUGUAUUCUCAACAAAGACAUCAAGGUCCCGGAAGCUUUGCCUAUCGAUGCGAAAGAACUUCUCACUCAAAUGCUCUCAAGAAGACCUCUUAUUCGGCCUUCAAUCAACGAAAUUCUUAUGAAUUCCUUCUUGACGGAGCAUGCCCCUCAGCAGCAAGCAAUUUUGAAAUUGACCCAACCUGCACCCUUCACUACCGAUUUGGAAAAGUUGACUCUCGAGCGGAUGCGGAGCGCUGGUGUCAAUAUUGAUAAGGUGAUUGAAAGCGUUCUUGCUCAACGAUGUGACGCUCUUGCUGGUUGGUGGGCCUUGCUCAUAGAGAAAGAACAGAGAAAAGACAGGCGAAGGGAACGUAGACGGAGAGAAAAGGAAGCUGAGGCAAAGAAUCUACGUCGCCUUAGCGCUGCAAGUAGCCGUCUCGAACGCCUGACCCCGACCUUGAAGGAAGUAGACGAGGAUGGUCAAGCCUCGCCAAGCCUGCAUGCGUCAAACAGUAGAGGGAGAAGAGAACGACGAAGCAUUCCGACUCCACAACUCAUACUGCCUGAACUGCCUCAACUACCAGAAGGACUGACUCUCGACUCUCCAGACUCUCCAAAACCGCCGCCCCCUAUCGAAAAAGAUUCGGUUCGUACCCGUUCAAUGAGCUCAACCAGACGAAGGCCACCUCUACCUCCAAAGGAGAGGAGAAGAUCUCGUGGCAGCACGCUUCAACUUGUAUCAACAAAUCCUGAGUUGUUAGCACCCCCAAACGGUAUAAUGAAAAUGAGAAGCACAAGGAAGCAUCAGAAUGUUUUUCUGAGCCAAUUAGCGUCUAUCAAGCACUGGUUCAAGGAAAAUGCGAAGCGGGCCAAAUCUCCAGCGUCUAAGAGUGACGCCUCGGUCUUGAAGACUUCCCCGCCCGGCAAGGGUGUCGCUCUAGAUGUUCAGCGAACUAAGCAAUCAAUUAUACCUGUGCGGCAAAUGGCAGCAACAGGAGGUACGCCUCCUCGCCAAACGUCUGGCGCAAAUUAUAUCCGACCGAAAGUACCGACUCCAAGACAUCGGUUAUCAUUAUCACCAGCGCCGAUCACCCCUCGAUCUUCCUAUAGACUAUCUUCCGGUCCUAGUGGCCUUCGUGGUCGCAAAUCCACGUCCUCGUCCGUCUCAUCGGUACGGAGCAUGCGUCAUCUUCCAAGCCACUCUAAGGCUUCUUCGACUUCCUCCACCACCAACUCCAUACAUUCUUCAUUACCGUUUCACAGAAGCUCGCGUUCUCCUCACACUUCCGUCAAAGUGCUACAAUCCACUCCCACGGUUGGUAAUUUCCCAUCCAAUAUUCGCUUAGUCCGUGCUCCUCCAGAGUAUGAUGAAUCUGCAAAUUGGGGAUCUCCCACGAAUCUAGUCUUUGCGAAGCGCAAACGGACACCCUUCCGAGGACCCCACCUGAGCAUCGGCACCAAUACUGGCACCAGUCCUUCCGGGAGAGCGCGAGAUUCAAGCACGAAUGUCAGUCGCAGCGCCAGUGCUGCUGGUAGGACGAGCGGAGAGAUAAUCGAGGAAGAAGAUGAGGAAGAGAUCGAAGAAGUCGAUGCCUUUAGUCCUGUUGCCCCUGAGGUGGAGGAGACGGUGUGGGAAGCAGGAAAAGAAGGGGAUGGUCCUGAGUCGGAUGGAUGGCCUCGACGCUAA